AUGGGGAUUGCCUUCCUUACUCAGACUGCAGCAGGGAUCCUGGGGAACUCCUGUCUCCUUUGUUUUUAUACCUAUACCCAAUUCACUGGACAGAAGGUGAGGCCCAUAGACCCCAUCCUGAUCCAUCUGGUCUUUGCCACCAACUUUGUUGUUUUAUCCAGAGGGAUCGCUCAGACUAUGGCAGGUUUUGGAUGCAAGUACUUCCUGGAUGAUGCUGCAUGUAAAGUCAUUUUGUAUUUCUACAGAGUAGCCAGAGGGGUUUCUCUUAUUUCCACCUGCCUUCUGAGUGGUUUCUUGAUCCUGGUAAAUGUUUAUGUGCCUCUGACAGUGAUUGUCCCAAAAUACAAACAAAUUGUCACUGUGUACAUGCGUUAUAGAUACUGCUCCCUAGGCCCAUCAGUACCCUUUGCAAUGUUAUUACGAGUCUUUUUAUGUGUUGCAUUGAUUAUCCCGCCCUGUAAUACUCCUAUAAUGUGUUUCUUCAAGUAUCGAGGACGAGAGAUGGCUAUACAACUGCAUACAUAUUGGAUCAAUGUUUUGUUUAAACACAAGCAGAGUGUCCAGCACAUUCAUAGCCACAUUACCUCUGGAAGACUUGAUCACGAGGCCAGGGCCAUGAAUACGAUCCUGGCCCUGGUGAGCAGGUUCAUCUCCUUCUACUGCCUCUCUGCCAUUUUCACUAUUUGUGUUGGUCUAAAUAUGAAACCAGACCUGUGGCUGCUGGACAUGUCUGUGUUCCUGGAUGCAUGUUUCUCAUUACUGAGCCCCUUUGUGCUCAUCAGCACUGACACUCGUCUCACUCAGGUGUUUUAUUCCUGCACUGAAUAA